CUGCCCCGCCCGCCGCCCCGCAGCAGCCGCCCGCCCAGAUGAACGCCGCCGCCGGGAGCAGCUACCCGAUGGCGUCGCUGUACGUGGGGGACCUGCACCCCGAGGUGACGGAGGCGCUGCUCUACGAGAAGUUCAGCCCCGCCGGGCCCGUCCUCUCCAUCCGCGUCUGUAGGGACAUGAUCACCCGGCGCUCGCUCGGCUACGCGUACGUCAACUUCCAGCAGCCCGGCGACGCUGAGCGAGCCCUGGAUACCAUGAACUUUGAUGUAAUCAAAGGCAAGCCCAUCCGCAUCAUGUGGUCUCAGCGGGACCCCUCUUUGAGGAAAUCGGGUGUAGGGAAUGUCUUCAUUAAGAGCCUGGAUAAAUCCAUAGACAACAAAGCACUUUAUGACACGUUCUCUGCUUUUGGGAAUAUUCUUUCUUGCAAGGUGGUUUGUGAUGAGAAUGGCUCCAAGGGCUAUGCUUUUGUGCACUUUGAGACACAAGAUGCUGCGGACCGCGCCAUCGAGAAGAUGAACGGCAUGCUGCUUAACGACUGCAAAGUGUUUGUUGGCCGAUUUAAAUCCCAUAAAGAACGUGAGGCAGAAUUGGGAGUCAAAGCCAAAGAGUUUACCAACGUCUAUAUUAAAAACUUUGGGGAUGAGAUGGAUGACAAGAGGCUGAAGGAUCUCUUCAGCAACUACGGUAAGACCCUCAGUGUUAAAGUGAUGACUGACCCAGCUGGGAAAUCCAAAGGUUUUGGCUUCGUGAGUUUUGAAAAGCAUGAAGAGGCCAGCAAGGCAGUAGAAGAAAUGAAUGGAAAAGAUUUCAAUGGGAAAAUUGUGUUUGUGGGUCGUGCACAGAAGAAGGUGGAACGGCAGGCAGAGCUGAAACGCAGGUUUGAGCAGCUGAAGCAAGAGAGGAUCAGUCGUUACCAGGGAGUUAAUCUCUAUAUCAAGAACUUGGAUGACACAAUUGAUGAUGAGAAGCUGAGAAAGGAGUUCUCUCCAUUUGGGUCCAUCACAAGUGCAAAGGUGAUGCUGGAAGAUGGUCGAAGCAAAGGCUUCGGCUUCGUCUGCUUCUCCUCUCCAGAAGAAGCCACCAAAGCCGUAACUGAGAUGAACGGGCGCAUUGUGGGAUCCAAGCCGCUGUAUGUGGCCUUGGCCCAGAGGAAGGAGGAGCGCAAGGCCCACCUCACCAACCAAUACCUGCAGCGCAUUGCUGGCAUGAGAGCUCUGCCGGCGAACACCAUUGUUAGCCAGUUCCAGCCGACUUCCGGAGGCUAUUUCAUGCCGGCUGUGUCCCAGGCUCAAAACAGACCCACAUACUAUGCCCCUAACCAGAUGACUCAGAUGAGACCCAGUCCACGCUGGCAGCCAGGUGGGAGGCCUCAAGGCUUCCAAGGUAUGCACAACAGUAUGCGCCAGUCUGGGCCACGGCCAACGCUACGGCAUUUGGCUCCCACAAAUGCUGCUCAAGCAUCAUGUGGUGUGCCUGGUGCUCCCCAGAAGACUGGGGUUGCUCCUCGGCCACCUAUAGCCACCCAGGCUCCCAGGGCUGUUCCACCAUACAGAUACGCUGCAGGCAUCCACAGCCCCCACCCAGCAGUCCAGCCUUUACAGGCCCCACAACCUGCUGUUCACGUGCAGGGACAAGACCCUUUGACGGCAUCCAUGCUGGCUGCUGCACCUCCUCAGGAGCAAAAGCAAAUGCUGGGAGAACGUCUCUUUCCAUUGAUCCAAGCAAUGCACCUCAGCCUGGCAGGGAAGAUCACUGGGAUGUUGCUGGAGAUUGACAACUCGGAGCUGCUACACAUGCUGGAGUCUCCAGAAUCCCUCCGUUCCAAGGUGGAGGAGGCUGUGGCGGUAUUACAGGCUCACCAAGCAAAGAAGGUAGCUGCUCAAAAGGUGGACAUUGUUACUGCUACCUCAUAAACCAAGGAUGCUGGUCUUGUACAGUCUCUGAAGAAAUCAUUUCAUUCUGCAUAUUUCAACGUAAUACAACAUAUCUCAACAAUUUUCAGUGUUUAAAGCUCUUAAUAUGCCUUAUUUAAAAAUAUUUUAAAAAAUAAAAUUUCAUAUGCAAGGAUUUAUUCUCCUGGCCAAGGGAUGGACAUCUUGUUUUUCCAUGUGGGAUAAUGACAUUUUUGGACUUAGUUUUAAUCAGACAAUCCCAAUUUGCAAAGUCAAUAAAUAGAAGUAUUUUAUGAAA